CUAAGUAAAUCGCUGCGUUUCGUAUAGGCUAAAUGAAGUUAACGGCGAAUCGCGAGCCUCUUUUUCAUUUCCCUCCAAAGCACCUUUCAAGACUCCCUCCAGAAAACCAAAGAAAAAAGUAACUCUUUUUUCCAAAUUAUUUCAUUCCAUUUGAUAAAAGAGAGCUUCAAAAUCGUUUCUUUUUACUUAGAAAAAGCGACUAGAUCUGUUUCACUCGAAGGAGAUUUACACAUGACAAGUCACGAAGACGAUCUGGAUCUCCUUCUCUCUCUCCAAGACAGGGUUUUGGAAACUCCUCCAGCUUCCCCUUCAAAUCCUCGCUCUCGUUCUCCAGGAUACCUAUCAGAUGAUGGAUCGCCAAGGCAAAGAAGGAAGACCGACUUGUCUGUCUUUAAGAAUGUUGUCGAGGAUUGCCUUGAUUAUGAACCCAAACCGGUUGAGAGACCUGCCAAGUCAAAGCCAAAGAGUUCAAAUGAUGUUCUAGUUGAGAAGUUUUCAGGUUUGCGUAUAAGGAAGCAAUUGGUCAGCCCUUCAGAGCUAAGUGAGCGCUUGUCUGAUAUUCGUUUCGUUCGGCUAUCAACUAUAAAGAAUUUGUUGGUGGGAGACACUCUUUAUGGAUGUUGGGCAACCAUAGGAGUGUUGACUGAAAAGGGGAAUCCAAAGACUAGCUCUAUCGGGCAAAGCUAUAGCAUAUGGAAAAUUGGGUGUUUAGAUGAAAAUACUGUUUCUCUAUUCUUGUUUGGAGAUGCUUAUCAGCAGAACUGUAAGGAGCAGGCUGGAACUGUUUUUGCAUUGUUCGGUUGCACCGUACGCAAAGAUGCCAAGGGAUCGGGAUUUUCCUUGAGUGUCACUGCACCCAACCAAAUUCUAAAGAUUGGCGCUUCGGCUGACUAUGGCGUUUGCAAGGGGAAAAGAAAGGAUGGAAUGGCUUGCACACUUGUCAUAAAUAAACAUCAAGGUGCUUACUGCCAAUAUCACAAAUUGAAAAAUUCAGAAAGAUAUUCCACAAGGCGAACUGAGCUAAUGGGAGGAAACUUGACAACAGCAUUUAGAAAUCCUCUUAGAUCAGAAGGAAUAUAUCUGGUUGAUCCUCUAUCUGAUAGAACAAACUUGAAAAAGCCCACAAAGCCAGUCAAACUACUGUCUGUAGAAGCACUCAAACAGGCAUUAAGAAAUGGAGAUAAGGUGACAACAAAUAGACACUCACAAGGGAUAAGAUUUCUUAAUGCAGUUACAGGGGAAAUGAGUUCCAAAUUUGCAAAUGGAGCAUCUAAAAUGUCUGUUCAAAAAAUUGUUGGCUCAGAGAAGAGGAAAGUAUCUGCUGUAAAACAAGAAAUAUCUCUACAAAGAAACAAACAGCUGGAUUCAAAAAGGAGGAAAUUUGAGCAGGGGCAAACUUUGGAGGAAAAAUGGAAUCAGCGUUGGAAAAUUGAUUGACCUAGAUAUUUUUGGCUUGGAUGAAGAGGCUUGAGUUGAGUACUCCAUGGUCAUAUUCAGCGCUUUGGUGCAUUGAUUGAUAUAAACAAUCCUUUGGCUUGAGUACUCCAUACCCCCAUAGUACGCUGCAGAGUUGGCAAUUCAGGGACAUGAACAAUUGAGUUUCUAAUUCUUGUAUUCUGAGGUCAGCGGCUCUUUAACCUAUAGUUCUCAAGCUUAAGGUAUCUAGACACAAGUUGGAUGCCCAAGUGAUUUUCAUUUCUUUGAACAGCAAUUAAUUAAGUUUUUGUUUCUUAAUUCAUUACUUCUUCGAUUGAAAAUUGAUGUUUCUAGGCACUAUAUUUUGUACACUUAAUAGGUUAUUCUCACUUGGAAGUCUAUCAUAAAACUCAGAAUCUAAUCUAACAUGAUUUUUCUGGGAACCAAAUCGAUGUACACAGUUAGACAGUCUUUCAAGGCUUUAAGCAUGAACUUUAGGGUAUCAAAAUCAA